GGGAUGGUACCUGGGACAGGAUGGCACAGGAGGUGUGGUACAUGGUACCACACCCGGGGGGUGUGGGAUGGUACAUGGGCAACUACCAGCAACACCAGCAAUGAAGAAAGAUUUCACCCUCUCAAAGGGGAAGUGAGGCAGCGACUGGGGGGAGGUGAGAGUAACUGGGGAAUGAUAAUGGCAGUGAUUCAAAGAGCUGAUGAGACAGCCAUGGAUUAUGCAGAAUGUAGAAACUGUGCGCAUGAGGAGUAAUCAGGGUUGGAUAAUACAGGGAGGGACAACCCAGUUUUCCUGAAAAUGCUGAGGGAAGGCCUGAGAUCAGCCAACGAGGAAGUUGUCACUCCACUCUUUAAGAAGGGAGGAAGCAAAAGGAAGGAAAUUAUAGGCCAGUUAGCCUAACCUCAGCAUUUGGGAAAGUGUUUGAGUCUAUUAUUAAGAGUGAGAUUUCGAGGUACUUGUAGACUAAUGGUAAAAUAAGUCAAAGUCAGCAUUGUUUCUGUGAAGGGAAAUCUUGCCUGACAAAUCUGUUAGAGUUAGAAACAUAGAAAACCUACAGCACAAUACAGGCCCUUUGGCCCACAAAGUUGUGCUGAACAAGUCCACCUUAGAAAUUACUAGGCUUACCCAUAGCCCUCUAUUUUACUAAUCUCCAUGUACCUAUCCAAAAGUCUCUUAAAAGACCCUAUCGUAUCCGCCUCCACCACCAUUCCCGGCAGCCCAUUCCACGCACUCACCACUCUGAGUAAAAAACCUACCCCUUAUAUCUCCUCUGUACCUACUCCCCAGCACCUUAAACCUGUGUCCUCUUGUGGCAACCAUUUCUGCCUUGGGAAAAAGCCUCUGACUAUUCCCAAGUUAUCUUUGAGGAAUUAACAGGCAGGGUGGACAAAGGAGAGGUAGUGGAUGUAAUUUACUUGGAUUUUCAGAAGGCAUUUGAUAAGGGGCCACACAUGAGGCUGUUUAAUAAGAUAAAAUCCUAUGGCGUUACAGGAGAGAUACUGGCAUGGAUAGCAGAGUGGCUGACAGGCAGGAGGUGAUGAGUGGGAAUAAAAGGGGCCUUUCUGGUUGGCUGCUGGUGACUAGUGGUGUUCCACAGGGGUCAGUAUUGUGACCGCUGCCUUUCACAUUGUUUGUCAGUGAUUUAGAUAAUGGAAUUGAUGGCUUUGUGGCAAAGUUUGUGGAUGAUAUGAAGAUAGGUGGAGGGGUAGGUAGUGCUGAGGAAGCAAUGCGAAUGCAGCAGGACGUGGACAAAUUGAAGAAUGGGCAAAAAAAUGGCAAAUGAAAUACAGUGUUGGGAAAUGUAUGGUAAUGCAUUUUGGUAAAAGGAACAAUAGUGCAGACUAUUAUCUAAAUGGGGAGAAGGUUCAAACAUCAGAGGUGCAGAGGGACUUAAGGAGUCCUCGUGCAAGACUCCCAGAAAGUUAAUUUACAGGUUGAGUCUGUGGUAAAGAAGGCAAAUGAAAAUUUGGCAUUUAUUUCAAGGGGAAUAGAGGAUAAAAGCAAGGAGAUAUAAGACAGUAGUCAGGCCACACUUGGAGUAUUGUCAACAGUUUUGGAACUGAGAGGAUGUGUUGCCAUUGGAGAGAGUCCAGAGGAGGUUCACGAGGAUGAUUCUGAGAAAGAAGAGGUUAACAUAUGAGUAGAGUUUGGCAGUUUUGGGUCUGUACUCACUGGAAUUUAGAAGAAUGCUAGGGGAUCUCAUUGAAACCUUCCGAAUGUUGAAAGGACUAGAUAGAGUGGAUGUGGAGAGGAUAUUCACAUCCUCUAAAGGGCACAGCACAAAACUGAGGGGCGACCUUUUAGAAAAGAGGUAAGGAGGAAUUUUUUUAUCCCGAGAGUAGUGAAUCUGUGGAAUAUUCUGCCACAGACUGAGGUGGAGGCCAAGUCUGUGCGUAUAUUUAAGGCAGAAGUGGAUCGUUUCUUGAUCAGUCAGGACUUCAAAGGAUAUGGCGAGAAGGCUCGUGUAUGGGAUUGAGUGGGAUCCAGGAUCAGCCAUAAUAGAAUGGUGGAGCAGGCUGAAUGGUCUAAUUCUGCUCCUGGUCUGAGGGUCUGAGUUUUAGAUUUAGGGAUAGUGGUGGGGUCAACCCACUCUGCAGUAGUUUCAUGGACCAGUGAGACAGACCAAAGAAAGUAAAGUAGCCAAAGUGGAUGCAGCUGCUGUGACGCCACAGAGAGUUUGCUUUGUGUGCCAGCAAUCAGGACACCGAGCAAAGGACUGCCGGAUCAGACAUAAAACACUGAAGGCAUUGUGGCCGAUUGGGACAUAGUUGGAAGCAGUGUCCAAAAAAGAGGAAAGAAAAACAUGUGAAAGUCACAGCAGACACGCAAUCUCUCACUCUGUCAAUACCCACUCUGACCAAACUGACUGCUGAUCAGAUCACAGAACUGGUGAAGACGGCUUCUACGUUAGAAGAUAAAGUGAUGGUGGCUCGCACUGCCAGUGCUGGUGACCCAUGGAUGUACUCAAUAGCAUUGUCGGGUGGGGGGUGACGGCAAUGCGAUAUGUUAGUUGAUGCAGGGACACCGGUGUCAACUGACCUACCCUUGCCAACAACUGGACAGACUAUUUGUAUUACGGGCGUAGGAAGAAAGGCAGUGAAGAACAAAAGUGAGUUGUAGGUACUCAAACUCGGUGGCAUGCAACGUCCAGUUUCCAGCACAGUCCAAGUAGGAUCCUAUCCUUGGAACAGACAUCCUAAGGAAAGCAGGGACCAUUAUAGAUUCAGGAAAGGAAGAAAUAAUAUGGGAAACCAGGAGCAGCGAACACUUACAACCAAAAGAGUACACAACGUAGCCAGCAUAGCUGCAGCCAUCCCCAUCAUCAGAGAGUGGAGCCAGAUCAGUGUAUCAGUUACCUUGUCAACAGUUCCCAGCAAUGUGGGCGAGACACGAGCAAGGUUGUGGUCGAGUAACAAUAAACCCAGUUAAAAUGGAGUGGAGCCCACAUAAACCCCAUAAGCAGUACCCUACAAAAACUGAUGCAUCGACAGCUGUUCACAAGACAGUAAUGAUAGUUGGGGACACUGGAAUGAAACCUGUGAACACCACUCUAACCGGGGGGAGGCACACGAGUGCCAAGUGGAAACAGAGCAGGAAGAUGUUAACGGUGUGAAGGAGACACCCCUGGAAGGGGAAGCAGGGGUGAUUUUUAUACUGGUGGCAGUCUGGUAAAUAUAUUUACAGACAGCCUGUUGACUUCGGGGUGGGGCGUGAUUCCUGAUUAUCUGAUGGCAUGGGCACAAUGAGGAUUUGUAACCCCAACGGGGGCAGGUAUUUAGCAUGGGCACCUAAUACGACAGCCACCGGAAGCAAUGAAUCUGCAGCAAAGGUGACAAUGAUUAAAGGAAAAGUUCACCAGAAAGGGGAGAGCAAGGAGCAGAAAGGAAAUGAGUGGGCAGACAUCACCGUGAAGAGGGCAGCAGAGGAACAAGAGGCAACUGAGAUUGCAAGUGUGCAGGAAGAAACAACUGAAGCUAGUUCAGUAAAACUAUAUGAAGGGGUGGAGACAGAAGAGAAGGGGAAAUGGAGGAGAAAGGGAGCAAAGGAGGGACCAGUUGGGAGCUAGACCCAGGAUGGAGUCGCAGUGGCCCUACUAUGAAUUAGGCAGAUACGACUGGAGUUGUAUCAUGGUGUGAUGUAUCAAGAGCGCAGAGUAUGAUCACGACCCUCCAACAGGACAGGUGCUGGCCACAGAUGGGCGGGGAUGUUGAUAAAUUACGUUGCCAUUGUGCUGUUGGCAAGGGCAUAAAGCCACAGCUGGCAACCAUGCACAGCCUAGGGGACCCUGGGAAAACAGGGGGAGAAGCCAUUAGCUAGUAAACAUGGAUCACUUCAACCAGUGGGUCAAGGCAUUCCCAACAAGGGACUACACCAACAGCAUUGCAGGACAUAUUCGAGUGUAGGAAAUCCUCCCAAGGUGGGGAACCCCAGUCUAGAUAGACUUGGAUCAGGGAACACAUUGCACAAGGAAAAUAAUGAAAGAAAUAUGUCCACUGUUAAGGAUUUGCCAAUAGUUCCACAUAUCCUACCGCCCUUAGAGUUCAGGAAUGGUAGAAGGGAUGAACCAAACAAUCAAGAACAUCUCUGCUAAAGCUAUAACUGAGACAGGAAAGACAUGAUGUAUUACCAGAAAUCCCAAAUGGCAUGCUGGGUCCCUACAAAUUAUUGAAAGGGCAUCAAAGCGACUCCCUUAUGAGGAAUACAGGUUACGGAGAGCUUGGUUCUUGCAGCAAUAGAAUGACACAGCAUGUGAAAGACCUUUUGUAACUAACUUAAAGUGCUGAAGCACCAAGCAGAACAACAGCAGCACAUUGGUGAUCGGAGAGAGCUGGAGGAAAAGGAGGUAGUCCUCCCACAGCUGGGUGAGGGUGCAGGGCUUGCUCCCAGAUGGAUAGGACCACAGAUGGUAGUUUUAACAAAAGACACUUGUGUCUGUGUGCAGACUCAGCGAGACAGCCAGGGGAAACACUGGACUCUGAUUAAACUAUAUGACUCACGUUCUUGUUGCCCCCAUAGACGGAGUGGGGGAUCAAGUGUACCCAGUAGCCGUGUAAUUAGGAGGACCUAAGAGAUGAACACCAGCCAGCCACACCAGACCUGACCACAGCCGAUGGAAGCAGACCCAGAGCAAACACGAAGGCAGAGGACACUGAGAGCAUGACGGAACCCUAUAACUCCUACUUCUCAGCUGCUCAUUGUUCAGAAGGUGGCAAAGGCAGUCCCCUUAUGAUGGCGAAGUUGAGCUGCACGCAGUGGGUCAUUCCUACAAGUAAACAGGUGCUCUCUGCCCAUUAGCUCAUAAGAGAGUAUGCUGUUUACCAUCUUUGAAUUGGGAGACAAAGUGACCUGUGGUAAUCGUGCUGUGAUGUGACUAUCUUCAGACUUCAGGCCUGCAAAGUGGCUUUGUUUGUGCUCUGAUGACAAUUAACCACAUAUUCUUUGCCCUGUUUGGAAUUCCCAGCAAUGCGUGCAAAAGAUGGCAGAUUUCAGUGAAAUCGUGCUGACUGAAUCCAGAACGCUUACAUGUUGCCCCUCAUUGUGGAGAUGCUCUGAAUCCUCAGGGUGCAAGCGGCCUUCUACUGAGAGGCCUUUUCUCUCAGUGUACAAGCCUUUACCUUCCUCAGAGCACACUCCUGCAGUUACAUCUAUUACAAGAAGAUACCUACUAAUACACCCAUGUCCACGGCCUUCAGCAGCUGCUACCAUACUUUCUGUAGCUGUUUGUUUGACCCUCAGGUCCUCAGGUUUGGCCAGCCCGUGGUCUUCUAGGGGAAAACAGCCUCGGGCCCUGCCAAACUGAGAAAUCCCGUUUGUGUGGAUGCUGUGUGAUGUGUUGCCCAGUUACAAAUCCACACAGCAAAAUAUCAGACAGUACACAAUAUACGUGUGGUGAACUAUGUGCCUGUCUGGACACGCCCCCUUCUGACUGCUCCUGUGGCUCCUCCCACAGGCCCCUGUAUAAAGGCGAUCAAGGCCUGAUCCUCGGCCUCAUUCUCCAGGACGUAGUAUGAUGGUCACUCACUGCUGGUUCCUUCUUCCAGUCAAUAAAAGCUGAUAUCUCACCUUACAUCUCAGAGUGAGUUAUUGAUGGUGCAUCAAUUUUAUUGACUGAAAGUUUUAAAACAUGGAAACCGUUUUACGUCUGGAAAGGUUGGAUUUGGACCCUCAAGACCCUGAAGCAGCUCUUGCUUUUGAACACUGGCUUGCAUGCUUCCAAUCAUACUUGGCGGAGCUUCGUGCGACUGACCCUGCCGUUAUGUACAGAAUUCUCCUCUCGAGGGUCACCCCAAAAGUUUAUUCCAUUAUCCGGGACCUGCUGACCUACGAAGGGGCACUGGACGCCCUCAAAAGACAGUACCUGCGGCCGGUGAACACCGUCUACGCAAGACAUCGUUUAGCUACCCGGCGACAGCGGCCUGGAGAAUCGAGCACCGAGUUUCUCCGAGCACUACAGACACUCGUCCGAGCUGGUGACUGCAAGACGCUCACGGCAGAACAACAUGCGGAGCUGCUAGUACAAGACGCCUUUGUGACGGGACUGAGGUCAGCGUACAUGCACCAGCGACUGCUGGAACACUCCGAUCUUACCUUACGCUUGGCGAUCAAGACGGCCAACGCUCUGGAAGCUGUGCUGCACUACGCCGAUGCUGUCCAGUCACGCGAUUCCCCGCCGGUUCCGUGGACGCCUCAGACCCCGCCACUGCCGGCUCCCGCGAGCGAAAUCUCUGCUGCCAGUCGCGAUUCCACGAGCUCCCCGAACCCGACCACGGCGGAUGCCCGUCAGAAGCCUGUGCUUUGUUAUUUCUGUGGCCAUAAAAAACACUCUCGAAAACGCUGCCCAGCACGAGAAACGACCUGCUCCAGCUGCGGACAGCGGGGCCAUUUCGCCAAGGUCCAUAAGUCUAAACUACGAGCGGAGUGCAGCGCUGCGGGUGAGACGUGGGGGCCGCCAUCUUGCAUGCCCGGAUGUGGGCGGCCAUCUUUGUCGGCGUCAGCACGCCCCGCCCCCGACCCUCCGAUGCGUACCAGGUACCCCGGAUGUGGGCGGCCAUCUUUGUCGACGUCAGCACGCCCCGCCCCCGACCCUCCGAUGCUGACCGGGUACCCCGACGGCAAUUCAACUCUGGCCACUGUAACCCUCGACCAAAGCGCCCCACACCAGCUUGCAAGGUCCAUGAUGGACAUCCGGGUGGAGGGGCACAGGACUAGCUGCCUGUUUGACAUGGGCAGCACUAAGAGUUUCAUUCACCCGGACACAGUGCAACGCUGCGGACUCGCAACACGGCCAGUAAGUCAGAAGAUCCAUUUGGCUUCUGGGUCGCAUUCCGCAGACAUCCGGGUGGGUUGUGUAGUGACAUUGGUGGUGCAAGGCACAGAAUAUCGGAACUUUGCGCUACUGGUCAUGCCUAAUCUGUGCGCACCUGUGCUAUUGGGGCUGGACUUCCAGAGCCACCUCGAAAGUGUGACUAUGGUAUAUGACGGGCCCCUCCCACCACUCACUGUCAGGAAUCCUCAGUUCUGUGGGACUUCAUCACUACUGACCACACACACACAGCGACACACACAUCCCAUCCAACACGACAGCUGCGCUACCGACACCACUUGCAGUCUCUCCACUCUCAAGGUCCCUCCCCCGCCGCUGUUCACCAACCUGACCCCGACUGUAAACCGGUAGCGACUAAAAGCAGGAGGUACAGUGCGGGGGACAGGGCCUUCAUUCAGUCAGAGGUGCAGUGGCUGUCACUCUACCAGUUUGGCUGAUGUCCCCGGGGCCAGUGCUGCUCCGGAAACAUGUGAGGAGCAAUAAAUACUCCCCGCUGGUCGAGAGGGUUCACCUUCUGCAUGCGAACCCCCAGUAUGCUUACGUGGUCUUACCUGAUGGGCGGGAGGACACGGUCUCCAUCCGUGACCUGGCGCCCGCAGGUGCAGCAGACCACUACCCUGAACACUCUCCGGUAACUAUGAACCCUGUACCCGAGGUGACACCGCGCUCACCAGGCCCUACAUGGACUCCUCAUGACACUUGUAUACCAGGUGCCUCGCACAUGCAUGAGCUGGAACCAGCACAACCUCCGUCCCCUGUGCAAUCACCAAUGUUGCCGGCAUCGGUGCAAUCACAGCCGGUGCUACGUAGAUCGCAGCGACAGAUUCGACCACCUGAUAGACUUGACCUGUAAGAAACUUCGCCACAUGGGGACUCUUUUAAACAAAGGGGGGGUGAAUGUGGUGAACUAUGUGCCUGUCUGGACACACCCCCUUCUGACUGCUCCUGUGGCUCCUCCCACAGGCCCCUGUAUAAAGGCAAUCGAGGUCUGAUCCUCUGCCUCAUUCUCCAGGAUGUAAUAUGAUGGUCACUCACUGCUGGUUCCUUCUUCAGUCAAUAAAAGCCGAUAUCUCGCCUUACGUCUCAGAGUGAGUUAUUGAUGGUGCAUCAAUACAAUUAAACGAUUGAGCUUUAUAAUUCUUAAUUUGACUAUAUGGUCAGUAAAGAAACAAGAAAAGGGCCCAUUCUCAUGAAACAAUCUAUUGUCCACCAUUGGAACUCACUGUUCAUUCCCAUCGACCUCUGAGUGUGGCCAGCCUUCGGACCCUCCCUCCUCAGUCUACCCCGUCUAGUAUUCUACUGAUCCUCUCCAUUCACGUCCUCUCUCUCCAAAGUUCCCCUACGAAAAAAACCGUGAAAUCCUGGCUCCCAGACACACAAGAAAGAACAACAUCCCCUCAUUGGCGAACAUGUCCCGUUAUUAGUCAUAACCCAAACAUCACUGCUACAGAGAAACCAUUACCUCAGCGGUGGAACAUUACAGAGAAGCCAUUACAUUAGCAGUGAAACCUUACAGCACGUUACUUUUGUAAUACCAAAAAUCCCCUAUGCAUAGUGAUAGCCUGAGAGAGGUUAACCACAUACUAACCUGCUGUAAGGCAUUUGUACGUUGUCCCCAUGACCUCAUGGGUUUCCUUUGCAUGGGAUUUCCUCCCAUAUUUUAAAGAUGAAUGGUUAGGGGUUAGUGAGUUGCGGGCAUGCUCUGCUUGCUUCAGAAGCUUGGUGACCUGUUUGGGCUGACCAGCACAAUCCUCGCCGAUUUGAUAUUGCAAUGUAUAUGUGACAAAUAAAGUUUUAUUUUUAUCUUUUCAACUCAUUGAGUUCAUACAAGCUUUUUGGUCCUAUUCCUGCACUUGCCCCCCAGUAGAAGACACCAGACACUAGAAGACACUCGAAUACUUCAGCACAGUACAGGCCCUUCGGCCCUCGAUGUUGUGCUGACCCAUUUAUUCCUUUAAAAAAGUACUAAACCCACACUACCCUGUAACCCUCUAUUUUUCUUUCAUCCAUGUGCCUGUCUAAGAGGCUCUUAAAUACCCGUCAUGUUUUAGCCUCCACCACCAUCCCUGGCAAGUCAUUCCAGGCACCCACAACCCUCUGUGUAAAAAACUUACCCCUGAUGUCUCCCCUAAACUUCCCUCCCUUAAUUUUGUACAUAUGCCCUCUGGUGUUUGCUACUGGUGCCCUGGGAAACAGGUACUGACUAUCCACCCUAUCUAUGCCUCUCAUAAUCUUGUAGACCUCUAUCAAGUCCCCUCUCAUUCUUCUACGCUCCAAAGAGAAAAGUCCCAGCUCUGCUAAUCUUGCCUCAUAAGACUUGUUUUCCAAACCAGGCAACAUCCUGGUAAAUCUCUUCUGCACUCUCUCCAUAGUUACCACAUCCUUCCGAUAAUGAGGUGACCAGAACGGAACAUAAUACUCUAAGUGUGGUCUCACCAGAGAUUUGUAAAGUUGCAACAUGACCUCUCUAUUGAACUCAAUCCCCUUGUUAAUGAAGCCUAGCAUCCCACAGGCCUUCUUAACUACCCUAUCAACCUGUGCAGCGACCUUGAGGGAUAUAUGGAUUUGAACCCCAAGGUCCCUUUGUUCAUCCACACUCUUAAGUAACUGACUAUUAUCCCUGUAUUCAGCCUUCUGGUUUGUCCUUCCAAAAUGCAUCACCUCACACUUGUCCGGAUUGAACUCCACCUGCCACUUUUCUGCCCAACUCUGCAUCCUGUCUAUAUCCUCUUGUAACCUUUGACAACGUACAGCUCCAUCCACAACUCCUCCGAUCUUUGUGUCAUCCGCAAAUUUACUCACCCAUCCUUCCGCCUCUCCAUCCGGGUCAUUUAUAAAAAUCACAAAGAGCAGGGGUCCCAGGACAGAUCCCUGCGGCACUCCACUAGUCACUGACCUCCAGGCAGAAUACUUUCCUUCCACUACUACCCUCUGCUUUCUUCCUUUAAGCCAAUUUUUUAUCCAAACAGCCAAGGUCCCACUUAGCCCAUGCCUCAUGACUUUCUGGAUGAGUCUCUCUUGGGGGACCUUGUCAAAUACCUUGCUAAAAUCCAUGUAGACCACAUCUACCACCCUGC